CUGGAGAAUGGGAGGAAAACUCCCAGGCUGUCUGGACUCCUGCCCAUAAAUAGCUCUGCAUGAUAAAACAGCCCUUUUAGAUCCAUAAGAGAUGGAACUGAAAUUUGUUCUCCUCUUGUUUGUCACAACUGUGUCUGGGUGUGGUUUACCCAGUUACCAGCCCAACACCGGCCGUGUGGUGAAUGGGGAAGAGGCUCGUCCAUACAGCUGGCCAUGGCAGGUUUCGUUGGAGUCUUUCUUCCCGACUUGUGGAGGGACACUAAUUGCUCCUGACUGGGUCUUGACUGCUGCACACUGCAUCACAUUCCACACAUACAGGGUGGUCCUUGCUGAGCAUGACAUGAACAAGGAGGAGGGACCAGAACAGUCCAUUAUGGUGGACAAAAUGUUCAUCCAUCCCAAAUGGAACGACAACUGUGUGUCUUGUGGGAAUGAUAUUGCCUUGCUUAAGCUACAGAAGAGUGCUGUUACCAAUGAUAAGGUUCAGCCAGCUUGCCUGCCACAGCAUGGUGCUACUCUUGCCCACAAUCACCCCUGUUAUGUCACAGGCUGGGGUCGUCUCUAUUCUGGAGGUCCUCAGGCAACUACACUACAGCAGGCCCUACUUCCUGUGGUGGAGCACAGCGUCUGCAGUAAAAAUGACUGGUGGGGCAGCUCAGCGAAGACAACGAUGGUCUGCGCAGGAGGAGAGAGCAAGUCAGCAUGCCAUGGUGACUCUGGCGGCCCUCUGAACUGUAAGGGCAGAGAUGGUAGGUGGUAUGUCGAAGGAGUGACUAGCUUUGUGGAUGGACGUGGAUGUAACACUCCUCGAAGGCCCACAGUCUUUACCCGCGUGGCCUCUUUCAUCCCCUGGAUCAGUGAGGUGAGGGGAAACCACAUGAAUGUCACUUUACAAGAAGACAUUUAUAGUAAAUAUACUGUAGGCUGUUUGUGAAGAGUAGUGACUUAAUCUUGUGUCAUUUCCUUGCAGACCAUGGCUCAGAACUGAAGAAGCUUCCAUAACUGAAGAAGUGACUGAAUAAUAAACUGUAUAAUGAAA